GGCUGUGCUAUGAGGUACAUCCACACAUUCCAGAAGAGCAAUUGCUGAAUGCAGAGAUGGAUUUCUUACUGCUGACCUUCCUUGCCACCUCCUGUUUCCUUGGGAAAACCACUGGGGAGCCACAAACGAAGGCGGGCCCCUCCCUGGUAAAAGCGUCAGUUGGGGAUGAUGUCUUGCUGAAAUGCACUUUCACCAUUGACGAUGGUGCUGCAGCUGCGGACCUGAGCCGCCUUACGGUCCUGUGGUUCCACCGAGGCAAGCAGCUGGCUGAGUUUGACAAUGGAGUGACCGUGUCCAAGCAGGGCAUCAGCCUGAGCCAGGAGGAGUUGGCAACCGGAAAUGCUUCCUUGCUCAUCUCCAAGGUUGCCACUGCAGAUUCGGGCAAAUACAGGUGCUACACCGUAUACAUGCCGGAAAUACUCAUCAGGGAAGUGACUUUGCAAGUUGAAGACCCCUCUCAGCCCUCUGAGGAAGAUCGGGAAGAUUCACUUGGCUACUCAGAUGUCCUGAAAGAGCUGCAGCAGAUUCUGAGGGCUUUGGAGCAACUGGAGGCAAAGCUAGAUGGGUUUGUGAGCAGCAAAACCACACCAGGAUGUGGUUCUGAUGCUGUCACCCAACAGCCCUCAAAGCUCUAACUGCAUCAUGUCUGUACCAACUGAAGCCAACUGUCCUAUCCAAGGAACUGUGGGAACUGUAGUUCUGUGACAGGGUUUAAUGCAGGGGUAGGUUGAACUACAACUCCCAUCAUACCCAGCCAACUUAUUGUUGUAGGGAGCUGUAGUUCAACAACAGCUGGAGAGCCAAGGUUGCCGAUCCCUGGUUUAAUGCAUCUAACAAAUCACUCUUGCAAUACUACAGUCCCCAGGACAUUUUGUGGGGAAGCAGAAAUUAUGACCAUUAAACCAGCUUCAACAUAGUCAAAAUCAAUAGUGUAAUUUUGCUGUGAUGAAGGAGACACGGGGUGGGGAUGCUGAAUGCAAUAAAGGAGAAUUGACCUUGCAGUCUCUGGGUUCACCAGAGACUGGAGAGCAGGGAACAUGGCACAAAGAUAUGGCUGCCAUAUGGAAAAGAGGACAGGGCUCCUGUAUCUUUAAGAGAUGCACAGAAGGAGGAAUUUUGACAGGUGCAGCUUAUCAUGCAGAGAAAAGAACAGCUGCACCUGCUGAAAAUUCCCUCUUCUGUAUAUCUCUUAAAGGUACAGGAGCCCUGUCCUCUUUUUCUGCAUGACAGCCCAAUUUUGCAGGCAUUUCUGGGUGUGCAAUGGCAAGAGUGCCCCACCCCACAAAGCAAGAGUGCUGCUUUCUGGAUCAGGGUGUGCAGAUGUGCGAUGCAAGUCCUUGCUUUGUGAGCAGCUGAAUAAACCGUGCAGUAACCUCU